AUGGCUGAUAUGAAGAGGAAACUUGACUGCGUUCUUGUUGAUGAUUCUAGAGUUGUUUUAGUGUCUUCUAAUACGACAGUGUCGGAGGAUUUGUUUUCUACUGUUAAAGGAGCAAAUUCCACCACAGCCUCUGAAACGAACUACAUCACAUCACCGGAAACAAAUUACGUCACAUCACCAGAAACAAAUUACGUCACAUCACCAGAAACAAAUUCCGUCACAUCACCAGAAACAAUUUCCGUCACAUCACCAGAAACAAGUUCCAUCGCAUCACCAAAAACAAAUUCUACCACAACACCAGAAAAGAAUCAAUACUCAACAAGGGCCAGUGCAGAAAUACCAUCUUACAAAGUCGGAGUGCUUAUGGUAGAUGGUUCUCUCCACAACCGAUUCGAUGUGCAAAGAAUCGGACCAGCCAUCGACAUAGCAGCUGAAAAAUGUCAAACGGAAUACCACGUCACUCUUCAACUUUUCAAAGGAUACUACCCAAGAGAAUGCUCAGAAGAAAUGGCCAUUGGAAAAGCGGCUCACCUGGCCAUGAAUCACAAAGUGUCCGCUUUCCUCGGACCAGCUUGCAGUGAUGAUCUACAAGUGGUUGGUCGCUUUGCAAGUUAUCAUCAUAUGCCCAUUCUCACGGGGUUGGGAGAUGUCCUGAGGAAACGCGAAGAAUUCACCACUUUGAUUCGCAUGUCCUACGAUCUGAAAGACAAAGCUAUGGCGAUCCUUGCCUUUUUGGAACAUUUUAAGUGGAGAAGAUUCGGGAUGAUCUACCGACAAAAUGACGUCUAUUAUACGGCGCUCGCAGAUUUACUUUUCAAUUUAGCAGUGACAAAUGAGUUUUUUGUGACGUGUCAGAGAACUUAUACUCGAUCAACCAACAAGACCAUCCUAACUGAUCUGAAUUAUGUCAUGGAAAGCAUGAAGACAUGUUCUCGAAUCAUUGUCAUCCUCGGGGGUGACAAAGACGUCCGCGAAAUGAUGUUGGUCGCUAAACGCCUGGACAUGACAGCUUCUGGAGAGUUUGCGUUUUUCUACACCGAGUUGAUACAAGACGAAGCGAAAGGAAAUCAAUCGUGGCACCGAGGAAUUGAAGAAGAUGCAAUCAGAAAAGAAAUAAAAGAAGCUUAUCAGUCAUUGAUGAUUGUCAGUUUGAAUCAGCCUUACUCGGAGGAAUAUAUUGAGUUUUCUCAGAAUGUAAAAAGAAUCGCAUUGAAAAACUACAACUUCAACUACACAGAAGAUGUGGUAAAUUACUUUGCUGCCAGUUUUCAUGAUGCUGUCCUCAUGCUGUGCAAUGCCAUCCGUGAAGCAGUUUAUGUGCAAGAAAAUCCACUUGAUGGAAGCGUCAUUAUAUCACGACUUAAAAAUAAAACGUUUAACGGUAUUUCAGGACUUGUUACUAUUAACCAGAAAGGAGAUCGUGUUGCAGAUUAUGCUCUUUUGGACCAAGUUGAUCCGGAAAAUGGCACUUUCGAGGUAGUAUUGACAUAUUCUGGUGCCACAAAACAAUAUAAAGAAGUCAGAAGUAUCCAUUGGCCAGGAGGGAAAAUGCCCAAAGACAGACCAAAGUGUGGUUUUGAUGGGAAUGAUCCUUCGUGUUACAAAAGAGGAUUAAAACUCAUAGAAAUGUCAUUGAUCAUUACAUUAGCCUUUCUUGUUGUUUUCAUCAUAGCUGGCAUACUAGCUUACAGGAAAAUUCGCCUGGAAUCCAAGCUUGCAAAUAUGUCGUGGAGAGUGCGGUGGGAUGAAAUAACUUUCUUGAAAGAUGUCCGCAGCAGCUGCAUGAUGCAUCGGUUAUCUAUUACUAGUGAUAUGUCCGCAAAGAUGGAACACGGAUGGGUUUGCUGGACUCCAAAAUUUCCUGACAGUAUGUGUAUGGACCCAAACUCCCGUGAUAUGGAAAUGUUACCAAAAUUUAGUCUUACCGGUACGUACAAGGGUAACACUGUUGCUGUAAAAAGGAUUUAUAAGCAGAAGAAAAUAGAACUAACGCGUUCAGUUCUUAUCGAAUUGAAAAAAAUACGCGAAGCUCAGCAUCAGAAUAUUGCAAGUUUCAUUGGAGCCUGUAUUGAUGCUCCCAACAUAGCUAUUUUGACGGAAUACUGUCCAAAGGGAAGUCUUCAGGAUGUUCUGAAGAACGACUCCUUAGAUCUUGAUUGGAUGUUUCGCUACUCCUUAAUCAACGAUAUCGUAAAAGGUUUGAGCUACUUGCACAACGGAGAGUUAGGUUCUCACGGUCGCCUGAGGUCAUCUAAUUGUUUAGUGGACAGUCAUUUUGUCGUCAAGCUGGCAGAUUUCGGGUUGCCAUCUUUCAGAAUUCCUGAUUCCUUGUCUUCCGCAGAUGAAAAAGACUUAAAAAAAUAUUUAUGGAAGGCUCCGGAACUGCUCCGUCUUCCGCUCUGCCCACCAGAAGGUACGUCGAAAGGGGAUGUGUACAGCUUCGCCAUCAUAUUGCAGGAGAUCAUCAUGAGAAACGAGCCUUUUCUUCCGUAUCAUCGCCUGAUGACUGUAGCUGAAAUCUUGGAGCGUAUCCGAAAUCGUGAAUCCCCAGUGUUUCGUCCCAAAGUUCCGAAAGAGACGUGUUCCGCAGAUCUAAUGUCUCUGAUGCAAAGUUGCUGGGAAGAGGAUCCCGACGAAAGGCCUGACGUCAAUCAAAUCAAAGCUGAAAUGAGACACAUUAACAGGGGUCAAAACGGAGAAGUAAACAUAAUGGACAAUUUAUUGUCCAGAAUGGAGCAAUAUGCCACUAAUUUAGAAUCGCUGGUUGAACAACGCACAGCAGCAUUCAUGGAGGAAAAGAAGAAAUCGGAGGAGCUUCUGUACCAAGUUUUACCAAGGUCGGUAGCUGAGCAGCUUAAAAGAGGUAAAUCUGUGGAACCGGAAUACUAUGACAGUGUUACAGUGUUUUUCAGUGAUGUUGUGGGCUUUACAACAAUGUGUUCCGUUAGCACUCCUAUCCAGGUGGUUGACUUUCUGAAUGAUCUUUACACUUGUUUCGAUGCGAUUAUCAACGACUUCGAUGUAUAUAAGGUCGAGACUAUUGGUGAUGCCUACAUGGUGGUUUCUGGCCUUCCAGACAGGAAUGGCUUACGACAUGCAAAGGAAAUUGCGAGAAUGUCUCUGGCUCUGCUAAGAGCCGUGACGUCCUUUCAAAUCAGGCACAUGCCCGAGGACAAAGUCAAGCUGAGAAUAGGUCUACAUUCAGGUCCGUGCUGCGCAGGUGUGGUUGGACAGAAAAUGCCCCGCUAUUGUUUAUUCGGAGACACCAUCAACACUGCUUCCAGAAUGGAGUCUACUGGAGAACCUUUGAAAAUUCACGUAAGUCCAAACACAAAAGUGGCAUUGGAUUAUUUUGGAAACUUUCAACUGGUUCCACGAGAAGAAAUAGAAGUUAAGGGAAAAGGGAAGAUGCAAACGUACUGGCUCGUGGCCGAGAAAGAAUCUUCAAGGGUGUCAGCAUCACCAGCAGUGCAGAAAAGAAGUAAAGGAAGUGGAAGUGCAAAAAGAAGGAGGUGAUAAGACUACAAAACGACACAAUCGUUUGAUGAAAAUUACUCAUGUUGGACAUUGCGCGAGAAAUUAUUUCUAUUGCUAAUCAUGAUCUGAAACUCCAAGUCGGAUAUGAAUGUUUUAUAAAAGGGAACUCACAGUGAAACAGAAUAUGUGCAAAAUCAUACAUUGAACAUCUUUUACUACUAAGUUAAAAUGUCUUUUUAUUUGUAGUUUUUAACAUAGAGCAAAAAGGGAAUCAAAAUUUUAACAUGUUCAUACUGUCAUCUAUCGCAGAUAUCAGAUAUUAUUGUAGGAGAAAAAGCUUAUUUUUGUGUCCUGCCAUCACUCACUUUGUCACGAAAUAUCAAAGUGUUCAUGUACGAGGGUCCUGGGGCGGAGCCCCGUACCCUGUGGUGUAAGCUGAUUGGUGAACUUCAGGCGCAGAUGGAUCUGUUUCCUGUCCGUUUUUGACAACUACUUUUUGAGGCAAAUGUGGUAGGUAUUUAGUAUUACGGAGGCAGCGGCAUAACUAAGUCUGGCCCGCUACUUAAUGUAUAAUAUUUCAGUAAAGAGCUUCAUGCUUUAAAAACUAUAUGGUUUACGGAAACCCUUGGUAUCUUUCCACUUCUUAAACGCUUUGCUCAUCAGCAAGUUAAAGAAUAAUGAUUUUAUGACAAAUUUUUUAAAAAUGAAUCAAAACAUUUUUGAUGAUCAGAGAUUCCCAUCAGGCAGUCUACGGACUCCUAUUAGUCCACAAGCGUUUAUUAAGGAAGCAAAGAGUCGUUUUCAAAGUUGUAUUUAAGAGGGGACAUAUAGAGUUUGGGUCCCUCUCGAAACAUUGUAAAAAUUACAGCUUGUAUAUUAGGGACUAAAGCACUUUUAACAAAUUUUGGAAAAGAUUUCAUAAUAUUUGGCUUGGGUCCUUCCCGAAAUAAAUUCCAAUACACGCUCCUGACUCUCG